CCCGCCGCUGCCUCUCUCUCUCCCUCCCUCUCUCAGGUAGGGCCUCAGAGCGAAGAUGGCGACGGACAAACAGAAACAUGAAGGCAGGGUGAAAAUUGGACAUUAUAUACUGGGAGACACGCUAGGAGUGGGGACGUUCGGAAAAGUCAAAGUUGGCCAGCAUGAGCUGACGAAGCAUCAAGUGGCCGUGAAGAUUCUAAACCGACAGAAGAUCCGCAGUCUGGAUGUGGUGGGGAAGAUUCGACGUGAAAUCCAGAAUCUCAAACUUUUUCGUCACCCGCACAUAAUCAAACUUUACCAAGUUAUCAGCACACCGACAGACAUCUUCAUGGUGAUGGAAUAUGUGUCUGGAGGAGAACUAUUUGACUACAUCUGUAAAAAUGGAAAGUUGGAUGAGAAGGAGAGCAGGCGUCUGUUCCAGCAGAUCAUCUCAGGGGUGGAUUACUGCCACAGACAUAUGGUGGUGCACAGAGACCUCAAGCCUGAGAACGUCCUGCUGGAUGCGCACAUGAAUGCCAAGAUUGCAGAUUUUGGCUUAUCAAACAUGAUGUCAGAUGGCGAGUUUCUAAGGACGAGUUGCGGCUCUCCUAACUAUGCUGCUCCAGAAGUCAUCUCUGGAAGGUUAUACGCAGGGCCUGAGGUGGACAUCUGGAGCAGUGGAGUGAUUUUGUAUGCUCUGCUGUGCGGGACGCUGCCGUUUGAUGAUGACCACGUGCCAACACUGUUCAAGAAGAUCUGCGAUGGGAUCUUCUUCACGCCUCAGUACCUGAACCCCUCCGUUAUUAGCCUUCUAAAACACAUGCUCCAAGUGGACCCCAUGAAGAGAGCCACCAUCAAAGAGAUUCGGGAGGAUGAGUGGUUUAAGCAGGAUCUUCCCAAGUAUCUGUUCCCUGAAGACGCUGCAUAUAGCAGUAAUAUGAUUGAUGAGGAGGCGCUGAAGGAGGUGUGUGAGAAGUGUGAGUGCACUGAGGAGGAGGUGCUCAACUGCUUGUACAGUCGCAAUCACCAGGAUCCUCUUGCUGUGGCCUAUCACUUGAUCAUAGACAACCGCCGCAUUAUGAGCGAAGCCAAAGACUUCUAUUUGGCCACCAGCCCGCCAGACAGCUUCCUGGACGAUCUGCCUGCUCAUCACUCUGCUAAGGUUCAUCCUGAGCGAGUGCCCUUCCUAGUGGCUGAGUCUCAGCCACGUCCUCGACACACACUGGAUGAGCUUAAUCCCCAGAAGUCCAAGCAUCUUGGUGUACGGCGAGCCAAGUGGCACCUGGGAAUCCGCAGCCAGAGCAGGCCGAAUGACAUCAUGAGCGAGGUCUGUCGUGCCAUGAAGCAGCUGGACUAUGAGUGGAAGGUAGUGAAUCCUUAUUACUUGAGAGUGCGAAGGAAGAACCCAGUCACUGGCAUACAUACAAAGAUGAGCCUCCAGCUCUACCAAGUGGACAGCAGGACCUAUUUACUAGACUUCAGGAGCAUAGACGAUGACAUGAUGGAAGUAAAAUCAGGAACCGCUACACCUCACCGCUCGGGCUCAGUCGGGAACUACCGGACUACCCUAAAGAACGACAAAAGUGAAAAAAACGAAUGUGAGGACGCAGCAAAAGGCGAAGCGUCUGCACCCUCCACGCCUCCGAUAUCCACAAGUAAAGUGGCGGAAGGCUCACUGGCCUCUUCUCUUACCUCGUCCGUGGAUUCCACCGGUGGAGAAAUCCUCCCCCGUCCUGGAAGCCACACCAUAGAGUUCUUCGAGAUGUGCGCCAACCUCAUCAAGCUGCUAGCACGAUAACUUAUGGUUCCUCUGAUGCCUUCUCUCUCUAACUCUCUCUCUCUCUCUCUCUCUCUUCCAUUCACUCUCUAGCUCGGUUUCUCUUUCUUCUAGAAUACUGUCUACCUCUUCGUCCUCUGAUAUUUGUGUCUUCGUUCACAGCAGUCCUUCUGUCUCUCUCUCUCUCUCUCUCUCUCUCUCUCUCUCAGUGUCUUUAGAGCAAUAAGCAUGCGGACAGACUCAAGACUCCAUGCACCCCAAUCGCAUCAACAAGCUGAAUGGUCAGUCACCAGAAUCAGCCUGUUCAAGAGGAUUGAGGAAAGAUUUGAGAGGGAAAUGAUGGAGAUUGUUGUUUUUUUGUUUUGGUUGUGCCACAGUCAAGAUGUCAGAAAGAUUGCUUAAGCCACUUUAUAGUAUCUAUACUCUUUUUAGAGCUGGUUUUACAAUUCUUUUCUGGGUUUUAUAGCAGGGGUUUCCUUGCAGAGAGUGGGGUGUAGAGGUGCGUUAGAGUUAUACACUGAGCUAGCUGUACUGUACACAAUGCUGUUGCGAUUCCAAGAGAUGUAUGAAAGAGGCGUGUGGGAUGACAAGUAAGACAGAAAGCACUUUUGCACAGUUUUACCUGUAAGGUUUUGUGGGCCAGUGUCAUCCCACUGAAGUGGCCUACUGGGAAGGGCACUCGAUUUAGGAGGAGCCGACUUAAAAAGCGGGCCGGUGGUGGGAGGGGCCAAUUUAGCAUGGUGGGCACUUUAACACAAAGGGACAACUUGAUAAUAAGUCAGCCUUUUUCUUAAGGAAGAGACCAAUGUAAGACCCAUUUAUCCUGAGGGAGCGCAAUGUCCUUGCCUCUGUUUCAGAGAUGUUUGUUUGUUUGUUUGUUUGUCACACCUUAGUCUUUUUUCUAUUUGCUCACAUUUUACAUAAAUUUAAGUAUAUACAGAAUUUAAACAUGCAUUUGGAUUUAUAUUUAUCAGUGCUUUAAAUGGGGUUGUAGAUUGUAUUGAAAUUGUGAUAUCGGACUGGAUUUUUUAAAAAGAAAUGUUUGAUUAUAUCGCUGUAAGAUGUUUUAUUCCACACACUGCUUUAUCAAAACCUUUUUUUUUCUCUGAUUAUUUUAGUUGUUUUACAAAACAAUGUUUGCUUCUUAAAGAGAGAAAGCAAAUGUUUCUUUUUUUGACCCCCUUUAAUUUUCAAAUUAAGUUUCUGUAGUCAAACAGGCCCAAAAUUAAACGAUGUGUGCAUUUAUGAAUGCUUUAAGAAGAGCUAAGCUGAAGUGUCCAUUAGAGUUCAAAGAUAUACUGACAUAUUUCAUUGAAGAGUGAACCGCGCAGUCAUAUCUUAUUCCUCUCUUUGAAAGUCUAUGUGGAUUUAUUAGUGAAGUAAAAUGUUGGGAUCUUCAUGUACUCUUAUUUAAGUUCCCAAAGAAAAGAGUCUCUGCAUGUUAACCAUGAAUGAAAAGAGAUUUCAUGUGGGACAUGACAGGAGUAAUCCUCUUCUUCAGGUCUGUUCUUUCAGUUUAUGCUCCACAGAAUGCAGUAAAAACGUUGAUUUUAAGUUAUUUGUUUUGCCCACCCAUAACCAGUUACGUUCAAAAUAAAUCCAAAACAUAUUUUUUUUCAAUCAUAGAUUGAUCCUUUUAAUUUGUAUGGCACAGCUUUUGCUUUUUAAAGUCCCUUAAUUUAAGCUAGCAGAAUGGCUUAAUGCACAUUCUUUUCACAUAAAGUUUAAAUAAUAUGUUUGGUCCUAAUGCAGCAAUAUCAUAGCAUUAAAAUAAUCAUUAAAAAUGUAAUGCCAGUAUUCUAAUUUGGGGUAUGAGAUUCUUGAGUAUUUAUGUUGAAGUUUAGUUACCUAAAAUGUUCUAAAUUACACUGUCAUUUUUGAUUAUUUAUAAUUAACCAAACAUUAGAGCUAAAACUUGACAAUCUAUGCUUCGCAAGCCAGCUUAAGACAAAUCUAGAUGUAUUUGGUUUUGUUCUCUCCCCUGUAUUUUUAGCAGUCUCAUUCAAAUGAUGUUUUUCAGUGUCUCCACGGGCUGUUCAGUCAGCCGUUAAAAACAAGUUUAGGAAAUCUGGUGAUGUUCUUCUCUUAACUGCAUUUAUGUUGAUGAUCUGUGCAAAGAUGCACCUCACUGAGGCUUGCCAAUGUAAAGUUACAGAUAUAAUUACUGAUAAUUUACCAUUAAAAAGAUGAUUUGUAAAUACAACUGCUUAAUAAAAGGAUACAAGAA